AAAUAGAAUUGGUUGCAUUGGUUGCACUUCUUCUUCAAAGACAUUAACAUUUCAUUUUCUCUUGUCCAAUUUUCACAAAUAAAAAACAACAGCUCUUGGGAUUAAAAAAAAAGUUUUGGAAUUUUAGUUUUUGCAUAGUGAACACAAAAAUCGUGUGAAAAAUAGGACAGGAAGUACGAAUGUUUUCGUAAUUAGAUUGUGUGUUUCUCUUCCAAUUUUUUUUGCUUCGUUACGCAGUUAUGCAUCGACGAAUUUCACCAAAUUUUACAUAUAUAAGUUCCUGUGUCAAAUAUAUGAUUUUCUUAUUGAAUUUCAUAUUUUGGCUAUUUGGAGGUCUGAUGAUUUCAAUAGGCUUUUAUGCAGUUUAUGAGAAAUAUCAGGCAACCGGAUGGGUUAAGUUGGAUACGAUAUAUGAUGUUGUAUUGAAUAUUUCUUUGGUCUUGGUUAUUGCUGGACUGGUAGUAUUUGUGGUCAGCUUUGCUGGUUGUUUGGGUGCACUACGUGAAAAUACAUGUCUAUUGAAGUUUUAUUCAAUGUGUUUGUUGUUGGUGUUUCUGAUGGAGAUGGCUGUCGCAAUAGUUGGUUUUGUUUUUCCACACAAUAUGAACACAUUUUUGGAAGAUUCAUUAACCGAAAAAGUGAUACAUCUAUAUAGAGAUGAUCCGGAUAUGCAAAACUUCAUUGAUUAUGCUCAACAAGAAUUCAAAUGUUGUGGUUUGAGCAAUGCGGGAUAUAUGGAUUGGGGCAAAAAUGAAUAUUUUAAUUGUUCAUCGCCUAGUGUCGAACGUGGCGGAGUUCCAUACAGCUGUUGCAUAAAUGCGUCUGAUAUUUCAUCUGGAUUGGUCAAUAUUAUGUGCGGAUACGGAGUUCAACAGGAAUCAGUAGCUGCGGCUAGCAAAAAAAUUUGGACAAAUGGUUGCAUUGAAAUUAUUCGAGUUUGGGCAGAAAGAAAUCUGUAUACGAUUGCUGGAAUUGCACUAGGUGCAGCAUUAAGUCAAUUGUUUGUGAUUUAUUUGGCAAAAACACUUGAAGGACAAAUUGACUUACAAAAGUCUCGAUGGUCGUGAGCGUACAUCGGAUGGGAUGGAGGCGGAUAUCCUAUGUAAACACAACACAGAUCCAACAAUAAUUACCUUAAAUUCAAUCCAUAAACGAUCCAAAUAUGCAAGUUUAUUUGGUGUAAAAUGCCCCUUGAUUAUUGAAUUUGUUAUCGCGAUAAUUAUUUGUUUAAUUUUUUCAUAUUGACUGGCUUUUAUUGGACAGUCGUGUUGACAAACCAAAAUGGAAUAUUCCCUAUCUCAUCAUACAAUAUGACAAAAUUAGAGUUAAUUUUAAUUUGAAUUAGUUCCAAUUUUAUGCGAGCAAAUUCAAUGCUUUUUUAUACCUAGAAAUGCGAAUUGAGUUUAAAAUGAAAAGUGAUCAAAAUUUAUAAUGUAUACCAAUUGUCAAACAUUUUGCAUCUAUAAAUACCUAAACAUACGCACAAAGACACGAUAUGCAUUUGAAUUUGUCUCGAUAUUCUAUAAGAAAAAUAAUUACAUUUUUGACAUAAAGCAUAUGCAUGUUGUUGUAUAUUAGGAUAUUUAUGGGAAAGUUUCAUCUUCAGAUUUGGCAAUUUUGUGACUAUAUGGUAUAUGAAUCGUUGAGGCGAAAGAGUAGCUCUUAUUUUUCUCCAAAUAAUACUGUAUUAUAAAGUUUUUUAUGAAUAGUUUAUUUGUUGUAUUACAACAAAUAAACCGUGUGAAAAAAACUUCAUGUUGCAGUAUUAUUUGGAGAAAAAUAAGAGCUACUGUUUCGCCGCAACGAUUCAUAUGUCCAUCAAUUUAUAGUAUCUGUUAUUUUCCUUUUCAAUGUGUAUAUUAGAAUAACUCGAAAACGACACGUUUUUUUCAUACUGAAAUCAUAAAUACGAAAAUCAAUCCAUACAUUUAGUCGAUUUAGGUCGCAAUCUCAUAGAUUUUAUUCAUUAUCAGCCAUAUCAUUUCAGUAGAAAUAUCCAGAUUUUAUUGCAUAUACUAUUCAAUUUCAUUGAUGUUCUCAGCUCAUAAUUAAAAUGAUGGUCAACUAUGUGAAUUUUUCUUAAAUUUGAUAUUUUGCAAUAAAAUACAAAAAAAAUCAUUCAUUUUGCAAAUGCUAUGUGCUUAAAAUAAUAUGUAUAAGUUUACAUCGGUAUCAUAAUUCAUAAGAAUCGAACGCGCUUUUCAUUUUCAAUGAAACAACCGUAUAAAACGAACGUUUUUCGUCUUUUCCAUAUCAAAUGAUGAACGUAUUCAAUAUAAUAUAUAUUGGUUCUGAGCCAAGCACGUUCGAUUUUUAUGAAUUUAACUACCGGUUUAGCAGCAUUAAAAAAAAUUGAGUCACUAACAUAGAAAAUUCCCUGUUGUCUUUGUACGAAAUGUAUGUUCAAGUGACAUUAUCCUUAUGAAAAUAACGGUCGAUUGCAAAUAUCUGUACGCAACCGAUAAUAAUCGAGAUUUAGAUCAUUUUAGAAAAUUUCGAAAAAUUGAACUUUUUAUUCGAAUUUCAUCCAUACUGAUUAUUAUCAAAAAUAAAAAACGUUUAUUUUUCGUAUCUCAAAUUGUAUUUAUGGUAGUCACCACAUUUUUACAAAUAAAUGAAGUUCUUCAAUAUUUCCAAAA